AUGUCAUAGAUUAUUAUUAUUUACCUCAUUCUGGCUUUGAGUAUUCAAUUAGGUCAAAGCCAAAAAAUAUACUAGGAAUCUCAAUUUUUCGACUUGUAUAAUAAUCAACUAGAUUAAGAAAUAAGCACAAAAGGAAUCCUGCAAACCAAUACUUGUCCCACUGGAACAAUAUAUUACCCUUUUGUGUUCGGAGGAACUGCGACUGACUGCUCUUAAGAUGUAGUUUUAAAGGGUUUUGGAGUAGAUUCCUCUGGAAACUCAGUAAUCACUGGAACUGUUGAUACAACAUCACUCGUUACAUCUGUAUGUUCAAUGUACACAAAUGGCGUAGCGGGCAAAUUCUCUUUUUUGGCGUAUAUUGAUUAAUAUGGCAAUGUAAAAUGGAUGAACAUAAUUGCUAAUAAUGCUCUGAUGGUUCCUGGCGAUCCCUAAAUUGCAGGGACGCUAACUUACCUGGGAAUGAAUUAUAAUCAGAAAUUUAGGAUAUCUUAAGUCUAAACUGCAACAGGAACUGGGGCAUUAGAAGUAUCUUUGGAUAAAUUUCUGCCUCUAACCACUGAUGUUCUCAGUUCUCUUCGAUUAGAAGUUGAUGCUUCUACCCAGGAUCUUUUCGUAUAAAUGCAAAUCAAAACUAGCUAUUUCAAUGAUGCCUCUAGAACAGUCACCUUGAUCAUGAAGCUAGAUAAAACACUAGCUAUAAAAUGGUGGAAAAGAGUUCAAGGUUUACCAGCAAAUGAGAAUGUAUAUGCAGCCACGCUAACCGAAAGUUCUAAGCUUUGGUCUGUGCAUCUCAUUUACACAGAUGUUUCCACAUAAAAGUACUAGAUAGUCAGAAUAGAGAAAUCUAAUGGAGAUUUUGAUAAUGAAUGUCUCUUCAUGAAUUCUCUGGCUUCAACUUCAUAAGUAACAAUGGAAAUAAACUCAGAUGGCUCUCUCUGGGGCCUUGGUCUCCAAGAAACUGGCUCAAAUUAUUUUGCUUUUGCUACAGGAAAGACAUCAGACAACACUAUGUCGUCAUAUUACAAAUCAACGAUAAGUCUUAAAAGUAAAUGA